GUUUACACGUGAGUCACAGUUGAUGGCGGUCUUGUCAGCGCUGCCGUGAGGACACACCUCUAGGCUUCAUCACAGAAAAAGACUUUUGAAAUGAUCCUGAGUGUUACAUCUGCUCUGAACAUCAGCUGUAACUGACCUGAUUUCAGUGUUUGGAUGAUCUCGCCUCCCUCUCCUACCAUGUACAGCAGCAGCUACGGCCAGGUGAACAAGCUCGGCCCGGAGGCCCAGAAGAAGAUGCAGUACCACUCAAAAGGGAAGAGUUGUGGUUACUACAUGCGCAUUGUCUUCUUCUUCUCUUCGCUCAUCCAGUCUCUGAUUAUUGUGAGUCUGGUCCUCUUUCUGGUCUACGGGAAGACGCAGGACUCUGCAACACGAGUCCAGGACCUGGAGGAGCGCUUCAGUCGGCUUUCUAUUGAAAACGUUGACCUCAGAAAGCAGAGGGCCAACCUGACCAGCCUGCUGAACAUCACCCUCACCAGCAAGGCUCGUAACGACUGGGACCUGGCCCGGCUGCGCGGCAAGAGCAACAUAUCCAUCCUCAUAAUCCAGAACUGUGAAAGGGCAACGCAACAGCUCAACAUGGAAGUGACGAGCUGCAGGAUCAAGCUCUCUCAGUGCUCAACUGUAGCUUCACCGCGCAGCGUUUGUAACUGUGGGCUGCUGCACGAGCAAAUGAAAACCCGGCUUGAUCUCGUUGAGUCUAACUUCACCCAAACCACUCGAAGGAUGACGAUGGAAAGAGAACAGAUUCUCAAAGAGAAAGAGUCCCUGGUCCUGGAGGGCAUCCGCCUCAGGAGAGACAAAUCCACGCUGGAAAAGGAGACCGACGUUCUCAAGCAAAUGUUAAAAGACAAGUUCUCCCAGUUCUUGGGUUCUGUCUCCGGAGUCUCCAAGGCCUUACUGGAAAAAAUCGAGUCCUUUCCUCAAUACUAUUCCUUCCAAGUCAGCUGUCCGAAACAGAGGGAACACCUGGAGCAGAUCCACUCCAACUGCACCAGCUUGUCCCGGGAAGUGGAGGACAAGCUCCAGCUCUACCUGAACAGCAUCAGAGACCAGGUGUCCAACAUGCAGGCGGAGGACAGUCGCUUGAAGGCAGAGAACUGGCGUCUGUCUGAAGAUUACCGCUGGUGCAACCAGAACCGCUCGAGCAUCGUGGAGCGGAACAAACGGAGAGGAGAGGAGAUCCAGCAGAAACACGACCAGGACAAGGAGAGACUCCUGAUGGACAAAAUGAAGCUGAACGGUGAGAUCGACGUCCUGAGGAACAGCGUCAGGUACAAAGGUGCAGAAGUGGAUCACCUUAAGGAACAGCUGAAUCAGCUGAACUCGUCAUGCAUGAUGAAGACAGGACUAGGUGUCCUGGGUGCUCGGCCAGUCUCGCCUAAUCAGAAUGUGUGGAACCCACUGGGUGCUGGGGGUUCCAGCUCUUCUACCGGUGUGGGUGUUGGUAGUGCAGGGCUAGGUGGGCCAGGUUCAAGCCUUAGCGUUGGAUCAGCUUUCAAUAAGCUUACAUCACACGGAGCAGGUUCUUCAGGUUCCCCCCCACAGUCGUCUGGGUCAAGUUCCAGUCCGAGCAACACGGGGUUUGGGUUCGAUAAGCCUGCAUCAGCUGGGGGAGGCCUGCCCAGUUCAUCCUUCACGUCUUCUGGGUCAAGCUCAAGUCUGAGCAACACUGGGUCUGGGUACAGUAAACCGGGAUCAGCUGGGGGAGCUUCCUCAAGCGUUGGGUCAUCAGGGUCAAGUGGACUUAACAAACCAGCAGAAAGAGAGUGGAGCUCAACAAACAUCGGAUCAGCUGGGUCCAGCCCUAGCGUGGGCUCAAGCGAAACCAGUUCAAAUAAGCCAACGUCAGGUGUGAGAAGUUCCUCAGCCUUCAGCUUUGGGUCAGCCGGGUCAAGUGGGUCAGCUGGUAAAAGUGGGUCAGCAAGCUCUGGGUUUCCUUGGUUUGGGUUGGGGAGCAGUAACUCGGGGCAAAGUAAGACAGGAAGUAUACCCGGGAGGACAUCAACUGGGACCGGUUCAGGUGGAACUGGAUCUUCGAUUGGUGGAGGAAGGACAAACGGACUCACAGGUGGUCCAGGUAGUGUCAGCCAGCACAUCCAGGAACUGCAGCGUCUCAUCAACCCACCUGGUCCACAGGACAAACAGGAUCUUUCUAGAAUGCUGGGCUGAUCCAGAGCUACGAGCUUCUCAGAACAACAGUAAAGAGCUAACUAGCAUUCAUACACUGUGAACUAUUGCUCCAGGCUUAUGUUAUGAUCUAUAAACCAAGUUUAGCAGCUGAGGUCUGUAAAUGCACGCGUGAACGUAAGGUGUGCACGUGUGACGUUGGGUCACACACUGAAAUCCUGCAGUAGCAGCAUACAAACGUGGCAUGUGGUAUUCUGGGAUGUAAGAAUUAAAGCACGUUUAAACAAAGACA